GAGAGACUGAGAAGGAGAAGGAGGUGGGAGGUGCGGAGCAGAUCAGGACUGAGCCUGAUGCCCUGAUCAGGGCUCUCAGAUCGCCAGAGGCACCUCAGUGUCAGGGGCGCGCUGGCCCCUUUGGGAAGCUUGCAGCUGGGUGGAGAGAGCCGAGGUGGACUAGAGGGGACACAGCGGCACUGAGGGGUCCACAUUCUCGCCCACUGGAUCUCUCAGACUCGGACAGACUUCCUCCUGCCAAAGUGAGGGGCCCAGCAACCACCCAGCCGCGGAGAUGAGGACGCCCGUGGUCAUGACCCUGGGCUUGGUGCUGGCCCCCUGCGGCUUGCUCCUGAACCUGGUCUGCACGCUGACGCCGGGCUGGCGGCAGAAGACAGGUUUCCUUGAUCAGCCGGUGGACUUGCUGGUAACCCAGGGACUGUGGGACACUUGUAGAGAGCAGAGCAGUAGCGAAAGACAGUGCGGGGUGUCCGACGAGCUGGGGUACUACUCGUCUGAGCCGGUGCGGGCGGCGCGCGCUCUGACCGUCACGGGGCUGGCCACCUCGGCCGUGGGGCUGCUGAUGGCCUCGCUGGGGGUGCGCUGCUGGCGCCAGAAGCCCCGCGCCUGGCUAGCAGGGGCCUCCGGCGUCGUGCUCUUUGCCGCCGGCCUCCUGGGGCUCAUCCCGGUGGCUUGGUACAGCCACGUCCUGCAGGACCGCACCGUGCUGCCCGCAGAGUCCAGCCCGGUCCAGCUGCGGGUCGGCUACAGUUUAGUGCUCGGCUUCUUGGGCAGUUGCCUGCUGCUAGUUGGGGGCUUCUCCCUGGCACUCAGCUUCGCCCAGGUCUGCAAAGAGCGCUCCCAUCGCCGUAAGGCGUACCCCAGUCCGCGCCGCAGCAGUCUUAACACUGUGCAGAUCCAAUGGCCCGCAGCUCCCACCAUUCCAUCGAUCUUGUCCCAGCGCGGUCAGGGCCGACCUCAGCCCCAGGGUGGCCCUAAGCCCCGAGUAGGCUUCAGAAUGCCUCGGCCAGCAGCCUACACGAACCCAGAGGAUGUAUUGCAGGGGGAGGAAAGCAGCAGCUCUCACAUUGGCUCCAGUACCACACUGCCCUGUGACUCAGACUUGUAGCUUCUCCCCUUUGCUUCGAUUCCUGGUCCUGGCCCUGCUCAGAUGAAUGCAGUGGGAGCCCCUGAGAAACGCUAGGACUGCCCGGGAUCCGUCAUUUCUUCCAGGUUCCCACUUUGGUUCCUGCUGCUUUUGAAAGGCAUAUAUUUUGGGGUUCAGAUGGUUUUCGUGGAAUGUCAAAGCUAGAGGGGACCUCAGAAGUAAGUCAAGCCACUUCCUAGAAGCGACUGGGUGGAACAGUGGAUAGAAUGCUGCAGCUAGAGUCAGGAAGCCCCGAGUUGGAGUGGGUCCCCUGACACCACUGACACUUCCUAGCUGUGGAACCCUGGUCCAGUCACUUGAUGGUCCUCAUCUGUCAAGUGGAUAAUAAUGACAGCACCUACCUCCCAGGGUAGUUGUGAGGAUCACAUAAGAUCGUAUUUUGAAGGCGCUUUCCAAAGUUUAAAGCUCUCUAUAAGCUCUCUCUUCCUCAUCUUAACAGGAGUCCAGAGAGCUGAGGGAGACCAGAACCCAGGGCUCUGAGUGAUCUGCUUACUGGAACACUGAGUCUUUGUUGCUCAAGGAUUAUUUAAAACUUUUCAAAGCACUCAAUACAGCCCGGGGACUACAGAACAUGUUUAGAUCACACUUGGAGGCCUAAUUGUGGUAAUUGGAUCCAUCACGUCAUUUGGAAUCCACCUGCCCUGCUCUACAGCUCAAAGCUGAUACUGUAUAGAAUCAAAGAACGGCUAUAGAGUUUGUGCCUUGGGGACCAGAUGAAGAAAAGGGGGCCAAGAGAGCAACAAUGAUUCUCAAAGGGUCAUACAUAUCUGGUGAGACUCAGUCACAGAACCCGGACUUGGGCCCAGGUCUGCUGACAUGCAGACUGGUGGUUAUAGUUAGGCUUAAAAGAAGAAGCAAUAUGGUUUUGGGCCUGGAGUCAGGAAUACCAGGUUCAAAUUUCACCUUCGACAGCUAUUAGCCAUGUGACCCUGGGCAAAA